UCUACUAACUAACUGUACAGUAUUGACUUGACCAAUAAAGUGAAUUCUAGUUUUCAGUGGAGGGAAAAUCGUUUACACCGUGAGGAGAGUCUCUACACACCAUCUCCAUGUCUAAAUUUGGGCUGAGGUAGAUGCUGCUUUAUCAGGAUAGUUUGUCUCCUUCCACACUAUGUUAUGAAGAUUUUGCUGGACACCGGCAGACAGAGAAAACUCCUCAUCCUGUAUGUAUUUGUCGGGAAUGUUGCAGCUGAUUGUCCCAUACCUCAACAUGGAGAGAACACAGUUCUCACAGAAGAAUCCCUCCUAAAAAGUGAAUUCCCUAAUGGUACUGUGAUCACAUAUGAGUGCAGAAAUGGAUAUUACAAAGUAAAUGGCACUGGGACGAUGAACUGCGUCGAUGGGAAGUGGACCGAGCCAGAUAUCAUCUGCAGUAAGAAAGACUGUGGUCUCCCUGAAGCACAACCACACAUGCUAUUUAACACCAGCGAAGGUACUCUGUUGGGUGCAAUGGUUAAAGUAGCCUGUGACGAAGGUUACGUGAUAUUUGGAUCCAGCUAUAGAACCUGCCUGGAGAUAGGGUGGUAUGGAAAGGGAGACUGUGUCCUUGUUACUUGUCCCAAACUGACUAAAGUGGAAAAUGGUGAACAUUCUUGGAAUAGUGACGAUAAACCAGGAUACCAACAAACAAUACAUUUCACAUGUAACACAGGAUACACUAUGGUUGGGACUGAAACCAUUAGGUGUACUGAAACUGCCAAAUAUGAUUAUGAGCCACCACAAUGCAUCGUUGUUACUUGUCCCAAACUGACUAAAGUGGAAAAUGGUGAACAUUCUUGGAAUAGUGACGAUAAACCAGUAUACCAACAAACAAUACAUUUCACAUGUAACACAGGAUACACUAUGGUUGGGACUGAAACCAUUAGGUGUACUGAAACUGCCAAAUAUGAUUAUGAGCCACCACAAUGCAUCGUUGUUACUUGUCCCAAACUGACUAAAGUGGAAAAUGGCAAACAUUCUUGGAAUAGUGACGAUAAACCAGGAUACCAACAAACAAUAAAUUUCACAUGUAACACAGGAUACACUAUGGUUGGGAAUGAAACCAUUAGGUGUACUGAAACUGCCGAAUAUGAUUAUGAGCCACCACAAUGCAUCGCUUAUUGUCCCAUACCUAAAGGUGGAGAGAACAUGGUUCUCACUGAUGAAUCCCUCCUAAGAAAGGAUUUUCCAGAGGGUACAAACGUCAUAUAUGAGUGCGGCAAUGGAUAUGAAAAAGAAAGUGGCUCUGAGAUCAUAACCUGCAUUGGUGGAAAUUGGACUGAGCCAGAUCUAAUCUGUAAGAAAAAUACACCUCGUAUAGGCAGUGUGGCCAUUAUUGCGAUAGUUUGCAGUAUAGUUGGAAUUUUUGUAAACAGUUUUCUUACUGACACGCUCAUAUGUCACUGGAGAAGAGCUGAUGACGGAGUUCUUCUUCAUUCAGGUGGAACUGGACCCAGCUGUUGGGACAUCUACUACAGAUGAAGGACUGCCAAACUCUGAGCACCUUACCAAGCCUUAGAUAAAGCAAGCAGGCUCCCUUUUAUUAUCUUAUUGUUUUCUCUUUUAAAAGAAGAAAACCAAACGUCAUAUAUGGUAUAGUAUUGUUUCAACGUUUAAUUUUUAGAAGUACUUUUUCUUAAUAGUUUUAUUGGCUGUAGUGACCUUUACUUGAGACCGGUUAAACAGGAAAGUCGGUAAUGAGAGAAGGGGAAGAUAUGCGGCACAGGCAAAGAGAACUUUUUUAUAAUUAUUUUUACCUAAUUAUUUAAAGAUUGAAAAUACUUUAUUUCACUUAAUUUCUUUUCUUUCUACUAAAUAUGUUGUAAACACUUUUUCUACUUGUGUUAUAAAUGAUUUCAUUCAGUGAAAAAAGUGUAGCUUAAAUGUUUUCAUAAAUCUUAAGCCUGUGAGUUUCCAGGUUUUUCUGUUAUGUGAUGUUUUAUCAGGACCGACAUAUAAUCCAAGUUGUUCAGGAAUGAUAGAGUUGGUUUAAUGCAGUUUACAGACUGCAUUGGAGGUUAGUGAAGAUUCGUUCUUUUCAUGAUUGUUUACUGUGGGUUUUUUUAUCUACUAUGCAGAAUAUUAACAAACCAUUUUAUUGGGAAAGAUUCCAAAGCAACUUUAAAAUGAAACAUUUUCUUAUAAAAAAAAUAGAAAAAGAAAUAAUCUAUUUUUGACAAUAAAAUAAUGUGUGUACAAUGUAUCUAUUUAUGCAUAUGUAAAGAUAAAGAUGUCCAUCACAUCUGUCCACAACUAUGUGAUAAAGUUCACAUUAAUAAAAGCCAAAUGGAGGGUAAACUUGAAUUUUAUCACGUUGUUUUCAGUUUACAAGUCUGCUUACGUUUUGAGUUUUGUGCAAUAAUUUGUAUGUUUGAGUAAAUCCAGCUCUGAAUACCAGGUACAAGUUGUCCACUCUGGUCCUGAGAGAGAUAACACUAUCUUCCCUGCACUGUUUGACUUUCAGACACUUUUGUUCUGACACUUUUCUGUCAUCUUUGCAGCAUACUGUGGCCUUGCAUUGCUUCAUUAGAAAAAAGGAACUCCUUGAGUGAAAAGAAAAUAUUUAAAAUGAAUUGCUAUGACAUUGACAUAGCAUUCUGUUCAUGCACUAAAAAUAAAACUUUGCUGAUU